AUGGUUUGGCGAGACAUUGUUCGUUCUGUAGAGUUAGGGAAGAAAUGUUUUCGUAUUGGUGAGUAUUUCUUGUGAUUUUGUGAAAAAUUAGAGAUUACAAGUGUAUUAAAGGAUAAUAAGGGAAUAUUCAGGGGCAGUAAUAGACCAAAAUCAACCCUGUGGAACCGCGGCGCACAUGAGGUGAGGGAACUGUUUGACUGAACCUACCCAUAAUUGAAAUUUGUUUGUUUCGAUUCUGUUAAGUAAUUUCAGAACCCCUAAAAUUUUACUUAGAUUUAACAAGCCAUCAUAGUUGCUAACUGAGACAAGUUUAGCCAGAUGAACUCGAAAGUUCAAGUAGGUGACAAAUUCAAUUGCUUCAUUUAAAGUGGAUGAUAUUAAAUUUUUUUAAACUUACCUUUAGGUGCGAAGGAGGUACCCUCUGUUCACUUCAAAUUGCUGAACUUGCGAAGGGGUCUAGAAAACGUGCGUGCGGAAACACCUCGUUUCAUUUACCUUUUCAGACACAGAUAACACCACCACACAAUGAUACCAUUCACUUAAAAAUGACUGGUUUUUUUGUAAAUACUUUGGGGAUUUAUAUGUCCAGUAAUGACAAAAAGAAAGAUUAACGAAGCAUUUUGGUUCAAAAUAAUUGCACCAGUCAUCAUCUUUCAUGUAACGGCUGAUUUCGUUCCGUCCACCUUUUAAUUCAUAGCCGACGUUUUCAAUCUUUUUUCCGGUUCGAGGAGCUUUCUAAGAAAGCACCAUUUCAAUAAUUCAAGCAACUUUGUCGGGGAUUUUCACCAAGGAGUCUAAUGCCUUCAAACGGUGAUGUCUUUUACGUAAAAACAUGUCUAUUGUUUGCCUUUUCGACUACCAAAUCGCAAAAAGUUAAUGACAUUUACAAUUCAGUGUUGCUCUUGAGACAAACGGAUGCUCACAGGUAAAAUUUCUUGAGCAAUUGUUCAAAAGCAAAAUCUUGAAAAGAAAAUAAAUGAAAUAUUAGCUUCCACGAGACUUGAUACCUGGCCCCCUGAAUGUUGUUAGGACGUUCCUAACGAUUGAGUAACCAAGCCACAUUUUGGAAACGAAGCAAAUUUUAGAGGGUGUUUCGUUGUCCGUAAACAAUUUGAACACACGUAAUAUCUCAUUGGUGAGUGUGUUGUUCUCGAAGCUUGUUCCCUGGUUAGUAUGGAAACUAUUUUUUCGGAAAAAUAAAGUAACUGAAACUUUCUAGCGAAAGUUCUUACCGAAACGCCUCGUCACAUUCGUCUUUUUCAUAUUCAGAUAACUCCUCUGGAAAAUAAUGCUAUUUGUCUCAAACAUGUUUUGUAUUUGAAAAAAUAUUUUGGAGAUUUAAUGCUCGGUAAUGACAAAAGAAAAGAUGAAAUAAGCAUUUUUGUUCAAAAUAAAUGCACCAGACAUUAACUUUCAUGUAAUGACUGGUUGUUUCCGAGGCAGACUUCCCUAUCUUUUCGUUCACCACAAUGAUUAGCUCUGUCCACGAGAUUAUAAAAUGAGAGAACUCAUACCCCAUACGUACCCCUAUUCCAAUGAUAAAUUUUUUUAAAUCUAAUUUUAGUGCACGUUCCUGCAGUACGACUAUUUUGAAAACAAAAGCUAAUCGUUUAGUGGUUCUAUGGUGAAAUUUGAUGUGUUAUGUUUGGCAGCCUGCAGUUUGGGGUUUGUGGUGUUCAUUGUGAUGACGUAGUGACUUUUUUUGGUCAAGACGGUAAAGACACCCGCUAAAAAAGCAUGACCUCUGCGCGUUACUCUUGAGUUAUCUCUCAACGAAAAAAGGAUUGAAAAAAUUCUCUUAAUGCAUGACUCAUGAUAUCUCACUUGAACUGACAUGCCUGUAUUAACCUCUGCAACUGUCUGCUGAACGUGAUUUGUUGGUUAAACUGUUUACAGAGGAAAUUGUUUGAAUAAAUGACAGUUGCGCCCUUAUGAGAUGACUGUUGGAUGCUGACGGGCUGAGGUAGGUAACCAGGAUGAACUUGGUAACCUGGCUGAAAUAAAAAGAUACGAUUGAAAAUCCCUACCACCAAGUCUUCCGUCUUCCGUCUUCCGUAGUUCAUCUCCAACGCUGAUCCCUAACCCAUUACCCCUCAGAAGAACUUAGAAGGUAAAUGGAGAAAAAGUUUAUGCAUAUUAUAUGAAUGUAUAUGUAAUUCCUUUUAUUUCUGUUGAUGUAUUAUAAUUAAAAAAUGGAAAAAUAAACAGACAAGCAAACAAAUAGAAAAAAAUAAACAAUUGCUUUCUAGUAUUGGCUAUUAGAAGGAAAGUUUGAUAUUUUAGUACUUUCUGAAACGAAGCUGGAUUCCAGUUUUCCAGACAGUCAAUUUAUGGUCACCGGAUAUCGAAUGUGUAGGGCUGACAGAAACAUACAUGGCGGUGGUUUAUUUGUCUAUAUCCGCGCAGACCUCUGCUUUAAAGUCAUUAAAGACCUUCCCAAUCUUCGAUUAUGUGAGCGUGAACGGUACAAGACUGAAUCGAUUGUGCUGAAGGUGAGGAUAGCUAAGAAGUGGGAAACCAUCGUCGGUAUCUAUAGACCUCCAACAUCUGCGUCUGUUCCACAAUCGCUAUAG